AGGCAGUGCCCGCUCGCCUAUUUUGCAGGGCGACGGUUCAGGAGUUUGCAGCAUCUAUGGCGGGUCGGCGUUCGCAGACGAAAACUUCAAAAUGCGCCACGACGGAGCGGGACUGCUGUCCAUGGCCAACAGCGGCAGGGACAGCAACGGCUGCCAGUUCUUCAUCACUUGCGCCAAGUGCGACUUCUUGGAUGGCAAGCACGUGGUGUUUGGCCGCGUCAUUGACGGCCUGCUGGUGAUGCGGAAGAUCGAGAACGUGCCCACUGGGCCCAACAACAAGCCCAAAAUACCUGUGGUAGUGUCACAGUGCGGCCAAAUGUGAGUGGGCCGCGGCCGCAUCCCCUUCUUCCACUCCCGCGCUACCGCUCAUUGGUUGUGUCACCAUCACGUGUCCCUGUCAUGCUGAGUGUCCGUGUCAUGCUGAGUGUCAUGUCAUACGUAACAUAAAUACCACGAGGCCAUGUUGA